AUGGAUGCGAAGAGUAGAAAUUACUUACUUAGGAAUCGCCAAGCAUUGGAAAAAGACAUCAAGACCUCUUAUAUUAUGGAUCGUAUGAUUUCUGAUGAAGUACUGACGUUACAGGAGGAGGAGAAAGUGAAACAACAGAAUACGCAGAAGGAGCGAGCAGCUAUGCUAAUAAACAUUAUUCUUACAAAAGAUAAUAAUUCAUAUAGAUCCUUUUAUAAUGCACUACUUCAUGAAGGGUACAGAGAUCUUGCUGCACUGCUUCAGGAUGGUAUCCCUGCCAUCUCCUCUGGUAAUGGAAAGAGUUCAAUGGAUGGAAUGACAUCAUAUGUUAAGACAAUUCUCUGCGAAGGAGGUGUACCACAGAGACCGGUUGUGUUUGUCACUCGGCCGAAACUGGUAGAUGCUAUUAAACAGAAACUGUGCUGCUUGGGAAGUGAUCCAGGCUGGGUCACAGUUUAUGGAAUGGCAGGUUGUGGGAAGACUGUUUUAACAGCAGAAGCUUUAAGGGAUCAUCAGCUCUUGGAAGAUUACUUUCCAGGAGGAGUUCACUGGAUCUCUGUUGGAAAACAGGACAAAGCAGGGCUCCUAAUAAAACUUCAGAAUCUCUGUAGUAGGUUAGAACAUGACUCUACUCUUUCACAAAGGCCACCACUUAACAUUGAAGAGGCUAAAGAUCGUCUUCGUUUGCUGAUGCUACGCAAAUAUCCCAGAUCUCUUUUGAUCCUGGACGACAUUUGGGAUUCCUGGGUAUUAAAAGCAUUUGAUAAUCAAUGUCAGGUUCUUAUCACCAGCAGGGACAGGAGCGUAACAGAUGCUGUGGCUGGCAAUAAAUAUGAGGUUCAUGUGGAAAGUGGACUAGCACAUGAGAAAGGACUGGAGAUUUUAUCCCUAUUUGUGAAUAUGAAAAUAUCAGAACUACCGGAACAAGCUAAUUGUCUUGUAAGGGAAUGCAAAGGUUCUCCUCUUGUGAUAUCCUUGAUAGGUGCAUUAUUACGAGACUUCCCUAGUCGUUGGGAGUACUAUCUCAAACAGCUGCAGCAUAAGCAGUUUAAAAGAAUAAGAAAAUCUUCUUCUUAUGAUUAUGAAGCCCUUGAUGAAGCAAUGUCCAUAAGUGUUGAGCAACUGAAUGACAAUUAUAAAGACUACUAUAAAGACCUCUCUAUCCUCCCGAAAGAUGUUAAAGUACCUACUAAGGUUCUCUGUAUUCUUUGGGAUAUGGAAACGGAAGAAGUUGAAGAUAUACUACAGGAAUUUGUUAACAAAUCGCUAUUGUUCUGUGAUCGUAAUGGGAAGUCAUUCCAUUAUUAUUUACAUGAUCUUCAACUUGACUUUCUUACAGAGAAAAAUCGCAACCAGCUUCAGGAGCUACAUAAAAACAUAGUAAAUCAGUACAAGAAAUAUUACAAACUUAAUACGCCUGUUCCAUCUCAAGAGGAUUGUAUGUACUGGUACAACUUUCUAGCGUAUCACAUGGCUGGUGCCAACAUGCAGAAGGAACUCCAUGAUCUUAUGUUUUCUCUAGAUUGGAUUAAAGCUAAAACAGAAUUGGUAGGGCCUGCUCAUCUGAUUCACGAAUAUGUAGAAUAUAGUUCAAUCUUGGAUCAAAAGGAUAGCACAGUACGUGAGAACUUCCAGGAAUUUCUGUCUUUAAAUGGGCACCUUCUUGGACGGCAACCGUUUCCUGAUAUUGUACAGCUGGGUCUUUGCCAACCAGAGACAAAUAAAAAAUCCUUGAAAAACCUCUACCGUCUGGUUGUUCGUCCACAUAGAGAUGCAGUUUACCAUGCCUGCUUUUCUAAGGAUAGACAAAGAAUAGCAUCAUGUGGAGCUGAUAAAACACUUCAGGUGUUUAAAGCAGAAAGUGGAGAGAGACUCCUGGAGAUAAGUGCCCAUGAUGAUGAAAUACUUUGUUGCGCUUUCUCUGCAGAUGGUGAAUUUGUAGCAACUUGUUCAGCUGAUAAAAAAGUGAAGAUCUGGAAUUCAAGAACAGGCCAGUGUAAGUGUGUAUAUGAAGAACACGCAGAGCAAGUCAAUUGCUGCCAGUUCAAUAACGGAACUGGUCAGUAUCUUUUAGCCACCUGCUCAAAUGACACUUUCAUCAAACUUUGGGAUUUGAACAAAAAGUAUUGUAGAAAUACAAUGAUUGGUCAUGUAAAUUCCGUCAUUCACUGUAGAUUUUCACCAAAUGAUGAAUACGUUGCUAGCUGCUCAGCAGAUGGAACAGUAAAGCUUUGGGAAGCACGCUCAGCAAAUGAACUGAAAAGUAUUGAGAUAAAAGAUUUCUUCAGAAAUGCAGAUGAGCAACCAGAUGAUGUAGAGGUCUUAGUAAAAUGUUGCUCUUGGUCCAGAAAUGGUGACAUGCUUUUGGUGGUAGCCAAAAAUAAGCUUUUGCUUUUUGAUGUUAAAACAUGUGAUUUGUUAACACAAGUCAUCGUAAGUCAUCACAGUACAAUUCAAUACUGUGACUUUUGUCCUGGUGAUGAGUUAGUAGCAGUUGCUUUGUCUCACUGUUCUGUUGAGUUAUGGAAUAUUAAGUCUUUAUCAAAAGUAGCAUAUUGCAGGGGACACAUGAGCUGGGUUCACUGUGUGACGUUUUCGCCAGAUGGAUCUUUAUUUCUGACAUCAUCUGAUGACCAGACAAUACGCAUUUGGGAAACAAAGAAGGUGUGCAAGUCUUCUGAUGCUGUGCUAAAAAGUGAACUAGAUGUUGUGUUUCACAGUGAUGAAGUGAUGAUUUUAGCAAUUUACAAUCAGAAACAUUUACAGCUUAUCAAUGGAAAUACAGACAGUGUUGUUAUGCACACAGCAGCCCAAGAAUCCCCCAUUUCCUGCUGUUGCUUAAGUGAAGAUCUUAAAUUUGCAGCUUUUGGACAGGAGAGUGGAACAAUAAAGGUAUUACAGUUGUUGGAUGGGAAAGUUCUGAAGUCACGGGAAGCCUACAGGACAUCCGUGCAGCAUUGUCGAUUUACUUCUGAUUGUCAGACUCUCAUUUCAAGUGCUCAUGAUUCUGUUAUACAGGUAUGGAAUUGGCAGUUGAGUGAAUGUGUGUUUCUGAGAGGACACAAGGAAGCAAUCAAGGAUUUCAGACUUCUGGAAAAUUCAAAACUUCUUUCUUGGUCUUUUGAUGGAACUGUUAAGGUUUGGAAUAUCACUACUGGAAACACAGAAAAAGAUUUUGCUUGCCAUGGAGGUGCUGUUCUUUCCUGUGCUGUUUCACCUGAUGGUAGUAAAUUUUCGUCUACUUCUGCUGACAAAACCGCAAAGAUAUGGAGCUUUGAAAGUUCAUCUGUUCUUCAUGAGCUGAAAGGUCAUGAAGCCUGUGUGCGGUGCUGUACUUUCUCUCCUAAUAACAAAUUAUUGGCCACUGGAGAUGACAAAGGAGAAAUAAGGAUUUGGGAUAUUUUAACAGGUGCAUUACUUCACUUCUGCUCACCAGUUACUGUAGAUGAAGGAGAACCAACACAUGGUGGUUGGGUAACAGACCUCUCAUUUUCUCCUGACAGUAAAAUGCUUGUGUCAUCUGGAGGCUAUCUUAAGUGGUGGAAUGUAAUUACUGGAGAAUCCUUACAAACCUUCUACACAAAUGGAACAAACCUCAAGUCAAUACACGUGUGCCCCAAUUUUGAAGUGUAUGUGACUGUUGAUAAUCUUGGCAUUCUUUAUGUAUUACAGAAGUUGUGA